GCACAAAGUGUGGGCGGGAGUCUUGAACCACAUGCAAAGCGGCAAAGAACAUGCAACACCACCCUCCGGCUUUAUGAGAGAGCUAUCCGCUUCAAGAACAAUUUGACUGAUCACGAAGCUGAUGAGGCGAAAUGGAACCGGGCCAUCGAAAAGCUGUAUGCAGUAAUACUCUCCAGCCCGGGAGUGGUCCCAGAUGGAGUCAGAUUUCAGGCACGGCCCCUCCGAGUGGCUGAAGUUGUCCUCCUGGAAGAGAUGCUGAGUAAUGUGGCAAGACACGGUCUUCCAAUGCCUCUGAUUGCACCAAUUUGGGGCCUGCGGAAUCCUCCAUGGGCGAUGUCUUGGAAGAAUGCCGAGGCAGUGUCCCUGGACUUUGCCAACUUUGUCCGCGGGGCCGUCCUGCAUCUCCCCAAUAGGGAGGGAAAAUGGAGCCAACGGAGCGUCACCUCUGACGAGGCAUCACGAUGGUUGGUUGAGCUCCUCAAGCCGCACUCAGGCGACCUGGAGGAUGUGUCCUCACAUAGCUUAAAGGCAACGACUUUGUCGUGGCUCGCGAAAGCGGGGUGCGAUCCACAUCACCGUACAAUUCUUGGACAUCACUCUUCUGGGAAGGGAUCUUUGGAGGUGUACUCCAGAGACAUGCUUUCUGCGCCCUUGCGCACCCUGGAAGAUAUGUUGCGGCAAAUCCGCAUUGGAGCACUGCACCCUGACUUGACAAGAUCCGGCCAUAUACAGCAGCCGUCAAAACCAGACUGCAAAGAUGCUCCAGUCGAAGCAGAAGUUGAACAAUCGGAAAAGGGGCCAGAGAGCUCCAGCUCCUCCAGCAGUGCCGAUCCGAACGUGCACCACUCAACAUGGGAGAACUUCAACAUGUACCAGCACGAAGCCAGUAAGAUUGUGCAUGUGGAAGCCGACAGCGAAGCCUGUACGUUCAAGUGUGGAAUGAAGGCCACAGCCGAGCACAAGCUGAUCAUGAGCACAGCCUUCCUGGACAUCCGCAAGUGCAAGCGGUGUGCAGCUUCCUUAGUGCAUUCCACGGCCGCACUUAAGGAUCGAGCCGCAAAGGCAGGGUUGAGUCCAGAUGAAGUGGAUGCCAUCAUCACGAGCAACGUAAGUUCAAUGGCCCAGAUGGCCUUUGCCAUCUCGCCACCAGGAACAGCACCUUCUGAACAGGAGGUACGCGACUUUUUCCGCAACAAGGUGCCAGUGAACCUGGGCACGAUCACCUCAACAAAACUUUUGGUCUUCGAGUGCCAUACUCUAGUCGUGGCCAACAUCAAGGCGGAAGUGAACAAGAAGGACGAUUUAUCCAGCCAAAGCUCCUUGCCAACAGCCGAACGAGACAGACGUAUCGCAGACCAGCGCCAACGCCUAGCCGGCCUGCGGCUGAAGGGAGACGAAGAGGUAGCACACUCUUCUUAUGAUUUGGCCUUCACAAUGCAGGAAAAAGACACCAUCACCUAUUUGCACCCAGAAAAAUUUGUGACCAGAAGAGCUGAAUUGUUGCAGAAACGCCCAUUGAAGCAGUUAGCUUUGGACCAGGAUUCCCUGACAGUCAGGGAGAAACCAAUCGACAUGACACGCAGCACCCGCACCGAACUUGAGCUGGUGCAGGCUUUUAGGAGGAGGGCUUUGGCCUUUGAUCUUGUGGGCCUCGCCACUUACGAGUUGAUGAACUCGUAUCAUGCAGAGCUGUUGAGCCAUAUGCAGGAAGACCCACCACCAGGGUACACACAGGUCUCAGUGACCCAAAUUCUCAGAGCGGAUCGUGCGGUUUUCCUCCAUUUGGCCGAGAACCUCACAACCCUCAAACGCAAUGUGGACGGCGACUUGCCUUUUGAGAAAGAGCUGAUGAUUGCCCUGGCGCGCCCAAAUGUCAGUUUCCAUUUAUUGCCGCUGGCUGCCAGCGCACCUUCAAGACCAACCCCUAAGCCCAAUGCCAACAAUGCCAACAAGCGCAAGCAUGAAGAUCCGCCCAAGCCUGCCCCUGCACAGCCUAAGAGCAAUGCACGAACCAAAGGCAAGGGCAAGGGGAAGACAAAGCGUAAGGGCCGAGGCCCGAAUGUCCCCAAAGAGUUAGUUGGCAAAGCGCUGGAAACUGCAGAAGGGCGCCGCACUCCUGCAGUGGGGUACAUCGCGAGUGCAUCACAGAAGACAGUUGGAGUUCACAGAUCGCCACAGGAAUUCAUUGAAGCUGCCCUGGAAUCGAAACACCCGGGCUUUUUGGCUGAUCAACUCCCGAGCCCAAUGGUAGAAGCGGUGGAAUUUUGCACAAAGCACACUGACGAGUUUGUUGCAACUUCAAGGUCCGAAACGCUCAGGGCCAUGAUGAGCGAGGCACAACACCUGGCUAAACGAGAGACGGAGCUCAAAGCGGGCAUGUCUGACAGACGCCGAACAAUCCUGUCAAAGAAACGCUUGCUGCUCUUCAAGUCCCUCCUGAUGCAGUCCGGAUCCCCCGACUUGAAUCUAGUGGAUGACAUCGGAUCGGGGUUCGACCUGACUGGGCCAGAUCAGAAGACACCAAUCAUGGAACUUGAAGCCCUUGCCAUUUUUGUUGGCAUCCAGCUUUUCUCAGAAGCAGUGAAGGGCACCAGACUCGUGGUCUUCACAGACAACUUGAGUGCCCAAGCUUCGUUGGUCAAAUGCAGAUCCAACAACCUGCACGUCAGUAUGAUGUGCUGGGUUGAGAGGGAAUGGAUUGCUAUGUCACUUGGGCUCUUAGACCGAAUUGUCAACACGUUCUACUUGAAUCAAGGCACCCAGUUGCCGCCGUUGGCUCCACAGGCGUAUUUCACAUACGCCAAGGACGAAAGCAUCCAUCAGGUUUUGGCGGACAUCCACAAUCACUUGGGAGUGGCCGCUGAACUUGAAGGUGUGGCACUUUGGAUUCGGCCUCCACCACCACCCCCUAUGCCAGGGGCUGCAAUGGACUUGGACGCAUCAGACUCGUCGGAAGAUGAUGAAGCCUCAGCCGACGGCGCGACAGCAGAGGCUGCGCCAGAUACAGAAGAUCCGGGUGCACCUGCUGUUCCACUUCAUCCGGAUGCUGGCCCACUUGAUCCCCUUCAGGACCACUUGGUGUUACCGCCUGACCUGCAGACUCAGCUGCAAAUUCAGCUGAACUGUGUCCUCGAUCCAAUCAUCGCCUACUACGAGGACCAGGGCAGGACACCUGAGUUGGCCCUGAACGAGGUGGAGUCCAAUCCAGUUGGGAGCGAAACGGCUGGAGAAGGGCAAGACUUCGCCCGAGAACCCGUUCAGUCCACGGCGGCAGUGGAAACCACUGAUCGAGCCCAAGCCGCGGUCGAGCCAAUCCGGUGUACAGAAGGCCCAUCCGAGGCCGAAACAUCCGAGCAUCCGUUUGCAGCAUCCGACCUUUUGCCUGAGUUCAUCGAAGGGGAUUAUGAUUUCUUGGCGGAACCUGGGGAUCAAGAAGACUAUCUAAGAGAGAUCCGAUUCAUAGAAGCGUUGAGAUUCCUGGACUCAGUAGCAGUGUUAACCUUUGCCAACCUCGACUUGGUGUUGUCACCUCGAGUGACAGGGUUUGCCUAUCAACAGUAUCUCAGGAAGGCCCCUCUUAAUCAGAAAGACUCAAUCCCGUGUCUACUGAUUGCUGCGAUGGAGAGGCUCUUGAUGAAGAAAAUUGACAAAGUUCAGGUGUGCGUGCUGGGCCAACUGUUGUGGUGUUUUCAUGCAGCGAGCCGGUGGUCAGACAGUCUCCGGAUCCAGUCUCUAAAACUGGAGAAAGCACAGGGUGCAUCACUGGUCACAGGUGAAGCUCUAGGAUCGAAGACAUCGGUGACAAAAGAGGCUCAAACCCGUCUCCUGCCCUACGCUGCAAUAGGCACCGGAGUGAGUGGAGAACCUUGGGCAGAGAAGUGGAUCAAUUCGAGGGCAGAGGAGCUUGGACGGGAGCCGGUGCCGGACGAAGCAGAUCCAUGGGAGAUUUCGUCAGAGUCCAGUGAGGAGGACCAAGCCCUAGUUGGAGUUUUGAGCAAUCAGGAAGAGGUGCAAGGCAGAAAACCCUUUCCAAGUGAACAGGAGGUAGAUUGCAUCGUCCACAGGAAGAGUGGCAUUGUCCAUGCCUUGCAACCGUUGGGAGACUACACGUUGUGCGGUCGUCCAGUGACCGGGAACUACGUAGAGUUACAAAAAGCCGACACCGAAGACAUGGAAUGCUGCAUCCUUUGCGGCCGCCAACUAGGAGUAGAAAAAUUGGAGAGCUUGGCCGAAUGCAUCAGCAGGGUGAUCCGACACCUGGGCUUGAGCAAUUUGACCGAGCACCUGGGCGACUUGUGGGUGAAUACCCGAAGGGCAUUAUGCUUUAGGGCCCUAAGGGAGCUGGACCAUUGCAUUCUCCAAAUUGAGCUGGAAGAAGCCUAUGAGACCGUGCAAGAGUUGCUAAAGCAAUUGGGAAUCGAAGAUGCCCUCAAGGGCGAGUUACAAGACAGAGGGUUUGAAACCUUCGGAUCCCUGGCAUUCGCAGUAUCCACAACUCUGCAGCAGAUCACAGAUGCAGUGUUAGAAGCCUGGCUGCUCAAGGUCACCACCCGAGACCUAAGCCCAUAUCAAACAUCUUGUGUGAGACGCUUAGUGGUGGAGAGUCACGCAUUAGCAUUGAACGACCUGCAGCGCAAGGUGGAUCAACCAUCGGACCCUCAAUUAGCAGCAAGAAAACUUCCAGUUGCAGAGCGUCAAAGUCGCCAGACAGAGCAGGAGCAGCGACUGCAAGGAUUGAUUUUCAGUCCAGAAAUCAUCCCGAGCCAUGCCUUAGUGGAUACAUGUGUCAACAUGGUGGAGCAAGGAGUUCUUUCUUGGAUCAAGCCCGAGGAUUGCACUUCCAGAGCACAGGAAAUCCAGUCACUCAAGAGAGACCCCAAAGUUUCUUUAGAUGCAGCCGGAAACUUGAAGAUUAGCUCGAAGACCAUGAACAGCACAUGCACCAUUAGCUCAGAGUUGGAUCUACGUAAUGCCUUCCAACGCCGAUCCCUUGCCAUGGAUCAAGCAAAGUUGUGCUCUUUUACAGAGAUUGAACGCUGGGUUCAGCAUUUGUUUCUGUCACACGAACGAGCUCAGCCAUCGGGAUUUGCGUCCGUGACCUUGCAACAGAUCAUCGAGUGUGACAAGCAAAUGUUCAUCCGUGCAUCCAAUGCCUUAAUAGGAUCCUUGCAAGCCGAACCGGGGGUCGCAGUGACCCCCUUGGAUAAAGAGCUCGCAACACUCCGCACUUCCCCAGAGCUCAUGCCAUACCUCAUGCCCAUGCCAAUGAAAUCUAUGCCCAAAGCAGGAGCUCCUAAGCCAGAUAAGAGGCAGCAACCGGAUUAUGAAGACCGUCCAAACAAGUACCAAAAAGGCAAAGGCAAGGGCAAAAGCAAAGGCAAAGGAAAGUCCAAAGGGUCCAAAGGAUCCUCGUCGGCGAUCGACAUUCCACAGGGCUGUGUUGCAAAAACCCCAGAUGGAAAGCCUUUGUGCUUCGCAUACAACAAAGGCAUCUGUGGAUUUCGCGGGUUCAACAAACCAACGGCAGCUGGUCAUUCGACACAGCGGCCGAAGCAGCUUACCCUGAGAACCCAUGAUCACCCCUCUUGCUAUGCUAUGAAGCUUAAGCUAGCCUCUACCACGGAGGAGGAGCUCCGAGACUCGGCAGUACCAUCCCGGUUGGCCCUCGAGAUGAGGAGGCCACAGACGGACUCCCCGGGAUUUGCAGAGCACUUGGAAUCCACGGCUCAAGAGGAGGUGGAUUUAGCUUUCCUAGAAGGCCCCUUCCACUCCGCGGAGGAAGUCACCAACCUGACGGGCCCCAAGGGAAAGCCCUUCUCGCCAUCCUUCGAUGUCUUGGGUAUGACUUUAGAUCUGAGUAACUUGGAAUCGACGGGACACCUCACCUUGAAAAACAAAGAAGGACUGGUGCUGUGA